CUUCUAGGUUGUAUGUUCAAUGAAAGUAACACUUUUUUUCAUAUUUUGCAACGUCAUGGGUUUGGUGCAUGUGGGUUUUUGAAAGUUGUGGUGGUGAUGGUGGCGGUGGUGCCUUGGGGACGUGCGUGUAGUCGUGUGCAUAUAAAAGCUUCCUCUGCGAUGUUUCUUUCCUUGUUUCUUAUACUUCACGACCUGACUGUAUGUGUCAAAAAAGGUGGUAGUACAGUUCAUGGUGCUUGCUUCUCUUCCAAAUCAGCACAGCAUCAACGCAUGGUGCUUGCUCUCGUGUGUCGUUGAGCUUCACCCAAGAUCCUCUUUCAUAAUCUUUUCCCAAAAUCUACUGAGCUCCUGAUUCUCUCUGGAGACUUCAAAUAGGGAACAGAACGAGCUAUGGUGCCUGCUCGUUUCCAACGAAACACUACAACAUUCACUACAUGGGUUCCGCCGCCGCUGUAUUUCCAACUCCAUCGACUCAAAGACGGAUACCGAUCGAUUUUGGCUCUUACAAAUGGCUCAACGCACGUUUUCAUGAGCUGCUGGCUCGCUGGAUCUGCUCUCAAAAAGGGAAAGAAAAACGAGGAUGGACGGAGUGGAGUCCAUAUAAAAGCCAACUUCUGGAGCUUUGGGGUUCAUCCUUCUAUACUUCCCAGGCUUUCCUGUUUUCUCCAAAAACCAACGGGAACUGCCUUUAUGGUGCUGGGCUUUUCUCAAAACACUCGUUACGGUAAUCUAUGGUCCUGUUGCUCUGUCCCGCUCCCCUCCAAAAUCCGAAGAGUAUACGGUCGAUGGCGCCUGCUGUCUUACGAAAAUCACACCUCGAGCUUUCAUGAGCUCCACUGCUCUUCCUUGCCCAGCCUUCUCGAAAAGAGACCAAGCCGAUGAAACGAAACACUACGCGACAACAAAAGAUACUCAUCUCUGCUCGAUGAGAGAGACGUGUGCUCGUCUCCCUUGCAAG